AGAUGGCGUCCAUUAUGGAAGGGCCGCUGAGUAAAUGGACUAACGUCAUGAAAGGUUGGCAGUAUCGCUGGUUCGUUUUGGACUACAAUGCAGGAUUACUGUCCUACUACACGUCCAAAGACAAGAUGAUGCGUGGCUCUAGAAGAGGCUGCGUGCGGCUCCGGGGAGCCGUUAUAGGUAUCGAUGACGAGGACGACAGCACUUUCACUAUCACCGUGGACCAAAAGACCUUUCAUUUUCAAGCCCGUGAUGCGGAUGAGAGGGAGAAGUGGAUCCAUGCCUUAGAGGGGACAAUCCUCAGACACACCCUUCAGCUGCGGGAGGCAGAAACAGGGUUUGUUCCCAGUGUUCAAGAUUUCGACAAGAAAUUAGCAGAGGCUGACGCCUACUUACAGAUCCUGAUUGACCAGUUAAAGCUUUUCGAUGAAAAACUCAAGGACUGCAAAGAAGAUGAGUCACGCAGAAAAAUUGAGAACCUAAAGGAAACAACCUGUAGUAUGGUAGAAUCCAUCAAGCACUGUAUUGUAUUGCUGCAGAUUGCCAAGGAUCAGAAUAACGAACAACAGCACGCAAACGGACUGAUAAGCACCAUCAACCCAGUGGAUGGGAUUUUUCAGCCCAAUCCCCUGGAGUCCUCUGUAGUCAGCACCAUGCCAACGCAGUCUACCCUCCCCACAGAUAACGCCCAGAUGUGUAAGACAGAGCAGAGGCCCUCGUCUCUGCCUGUGGGGCCAGUGGUUACAGUGGUGGGCAGCCUGCAGACCCCCACCCCCAACAGCACAGGCAGCGGCCCGUCUGCCCCCAGCAGCAGUGUUACCUCUCCAAGUCACAUCAACCUCUCCUCCAACACCGUCCCGGACUUCUCCUACUCCAGCAGCGAGGACGAAUUUUACGAUGCAGACGAGUUCUAUCAGAGCAGUACCUCCCCCAAGCAUUGCAUGGACACAUCUAGGACUCCGGCUGCACUGCCUCAUGCUGGCACAGGAACAGCCCUGAAACGACCAGACACCAACGAGUCCCUCAACUCCUCCAUGUCCAAUGGCACCACCGACGCGGACCAAUUUGACAGCCACGAUGACCGUGAUGAUGAUGGCGAGGGCGAAUCGGUGGAGGAGCACAAGAGUGUCAUCAUGCACCUGCUGUCCCAGGUGCGGCUGGGCAUGGAUCUCACCAAGGUCGUCCUGCCAACCUUUAUCCUGGAGAGGAGGUCAUUGCUGGAGAUGUACGCUGACUUCUUCGCACAUCCGGAUUUGUUUGUCAGUAUCGCAGACCAGCCGGACCCCAAGGACCGCAUGGUGCAGGUGGUGAAGUGGUACCUCUCGGCCUUUCACGCGGGACGGAAAGGAUCGGUGGCCAAGAAGCCUUACAACCCCAUCCUGGGAGAGGUCUUCUUCUGCCACUGGGACCUGCCUACUGAGGGAGAGGACACAGCCGCAGCGGAGACCAUGUCGGAGGGCCCCGUGCCAUGGUGUGGGAAGAACAGUGUGUCUUUCGUUGCUGAGCAGGUCUCGCAUCACCCCCCCAUAUCUGCAUUCUACGCCGAGUGUUUCAGCAAAAAGAUCCAGUUCAACGCCCACAUCUGGACCAAGUCAAAGUUCCUGGGGAUGUCUAUUGGAGUCCAUAAUAUUGGCCAAGGCUGUGUGACCUGUCUGGAGCACGAUGAGCACUACAUCCUCACCUUCCCCAACGGCUAUGGGAGGUCAAUCCUGACAGUCCCGUGGGUGGAGCUUGGUGGGGAGUGCAAUAUCUCCUGCUCAAAAUCGGGCUACAGCGCCAACAUUGUUUUCCACACGAAGCCCUUCUACGGUGGCAAGAAGCACAGGAUAACGGCUGAGAUCUUCGCUCCAAAUGAUAAGAAGUCUUUCUGCUCCAUUGAGGGAGAGUGGAAUGGAGUGAUGUACUCCAAGUUGGCAUCAGGGGAGAAUUCUUUAUUCAUCGACACUAAGAAAAUGGGCAUCAUCAAGAAGAAGGUGAGGAAGCUGGAGGACCAGCUGGAGUAUGAAUCCCGCAGGCUGUGGAAGGAUGUGACCACUAACCUAAAGCUGAAGGAUAUUGACGCAGCCACAGAAGCCAAGCACCGGCUGGAGGAGAAGCAGAGAGCAGAGGCACGGGAGAGGAAGGAAAAGGAGAUGCAGUGGGAGACCAGGUUGUUUCACGAGGACGGCGAGUGCUGGGUGUAUGACGAGCCCCUGCUGAAGAGAACGGCAGCGCAAAGGCACUGAGUGAGGCGUGGAGGCCCCCGGAUGCAAAACGAGUCUUAAUAAGAACUCCUUUACAAACCACUUCCCAUCCAAGCCUUUCAGUGACUGCUAAUAGAACAUGUACUCAGCUUUGCAUUUUCAAAAUAAAAUAUAUAUAUAUGAAAAACAAGAAAAAAACUUCUACAAAAAA